UGAACAAGGCCCUAUAGUCAGCCAUAUGAGGGGUCUUGGAGGAAAAAAGUGCAUUCCACUGCCCACAUUUGGGUACAAACACAGACUGCUUUUACAAUAACAUAUAAUAACCGACUAACUAAAAUUGCUGAGCUAGGCUGCUUUUUGCAGCUGACAAGACGUGACGCUAACCGGUGUGUUGCUGUCAUUGGCAACGGUAAACAAAGUCUUUUAUUUAUGAUCUUCCCGAGUGACACCUGCAGCGUUUAUGUGUAAAAACUGGAUCAUUAAAACUUCAGACAAGAGAGAUGGCAGCUCCUAAAACUAACCCAGAGUCCAAGAAAGUCUGCAACUUUGUAGCUCAGGAUGAGAUAUGGAGAACUCGUAUUAUUUCUGAGCUGGAGGCUGCAAAGAAAUGGCCACAUGACUGGGGGUUCUUGAAAACAUCUUACCAAGAGUUAGUAGGUGAAGACGCUGCACCACAGCAGAGGAAGAAGAUAGAGCUGCCAGAACAUCUCCGGGUGCGAGCAGUGACCCCAGUGGAAAAAUACAUUCAGGUGAAGCCAUCCCCUCCAGUUCCUCAAACUACCCAAAAAUUAGUUGGCUGGCGUUCAACAGUACCAGGCCUGGAGCUUGAAUGCUACAAAGAAUCCAGAAGAGGAAAAUAUAGUUUUGUCAAGCAAAUGAACUGGCCAAUUGAGUCUAUAGAUUAGAUAUACCACUGUGCAUAUAGCUAGAAAUAUAUACAAAAUAAUAAAAUAAAUAAAUAAAACAGUGUACCUGUAGCUGAA